ACGCCGACAGUGAAUGUCGUGACGAGGUAGGUAAGGGUAGGCAAGGGUAGGCAAGGCGGUAGGGGGGGUGGUCACAUACAGGUAGAGGAGCCGGAGCAGCCGCAGUCACCCUUCAUUUUGAUGGUAUUUGGUUGGUUUGGGGGGUUUUGGAAAAGAAGUUUGGUUGAAGAUGAGGUGAUGAGCUUGGUUGUUGCGUUAUGGAGAUUAAUCCAAAAGACGUCGGGAAGAGGGAAUGAAAGCGUGCACUUAUAUAUUCAGAAGUCUCUCUCCAGACAGCCACACAUCCCAUGGCCAGCGCCUAAAAAAACAGAAGGAGGGGGGCCGCGGCCGUCGUCGAGUAGCAGGAGGAGGGGUCAGAUGUCAGAUGAGGGUGGCCAGAUGGAGCCGGAUCGAGAGGCGUUAUUGGGCGAAUGCGCCGUUUGUGCGGAAACACAAGGCUCGAUACCGUUACGCUCGGGGCUGGAGUGGGGUUUGCGGCCUUUGUGCGUUGACGAUGGCCAGUCGUCCAUCUCUGGUGGGAUGGGGACUCUGGAACGGGCCAUGCAUGCCCAUGGAGGGGGAGGGGAGGUAGAGGCGCGCUGCUCCCCCCUUCUUGGACUUUCUUUCCUCUUUCGCGUCCUUUUUGCGGCCCUCCUGAUCCGGCUUAUCGCAUCGUCGCCAGAUAAGGUUCAAGGAUUGCGUCUUUUGUGCGAGAUGGGCUAGGAUUCAUCGAAUUGUUCAUUUAUGCGUCCUUUGCAGUCAGAACCCCCAGAUCCCUGGACGGAAGGGCCUAGGUGAGAGUUCCGGCUAGUCAAGGCCAAAUACGGUAGGUGUUUGAUGGCAUCUUCCAGCACCCACGAGACCGACCUGGGCGAU